AUGGUUACUAUCCCUGGAUAUAGCAUGUAUCAGGCUAGGCUACUGCAACACAACACACAUCAGGUAAUUUCUAUUCGUGUUACUUGGCGUCGCUUCCCGCGUAGCCUGUUCCAGGCGUUCAAAUAGUAGAACGCAGUGUUUGGGUGAAAUCGUACGCGGAGGAAACGAGGGGAGAUUGGGGCGCGAGCGAGGGAACUCUCCCUCUCUAGUCUCUUCCGUUAUUUUUUUUUCCUCGUUAAUUAAUUUUUCGACCGCACUCUAUUAUCUGAACGCCUGGAACAGGCCCCUUCCCGCGAGAAGUGACCAUGUUGCGUCUUAUUUUAGGAGUUGUUUUCACUAUCGUUCACGCAUUUUCCUCUACUUAGUCUACGUAGCUGGCGGUUUUGUGUGGGAGCGGCAGCGGAAAGGAGUGCGAGGAGAGUGGAGGGCUCUUUCGCACACGCCUCGCACGUGCUGUCGCGGCUUUACUUCGCUUUUCACGCUUGCUGACCAGUAAAUUGUAACGUCAGAUAACUGUUAAGAAGAAAGUGACUUGAGACUCUAAAAGAUGGUUGUAAAUUUGAAUUAAUCGUUUGCAUCCCGAAAGUCUACUCUUGUAUUUUCCAAACAGAUUUUCCAUCUUUAAGAGCCGUUGGCGCGUGCGAACCACUACUAGAAAAGCAAAAUAUUACAAAACAAAAAACACUUUGCGGUGUUCGAGCGAGUGAGCUUCUUCGCUGCACAAAAUUCGUCCAAGUUUGGCUAAUUUUCACUAACCACAGUGACCGGCCGGUCGUACUCAGAGUCGUAAACGGUUUCAUAAGCUUAAAGGCCGGAAUCGGAGUCCCAAGAAUUGGAACGUUUUCGUCUUCCGACUCCGCUUACGACUCCGCCGCUUACAGUAUAAUAAUAAGGAGACGAAUAAAUCAAUCACAAUACUCGGUCCCAAGCACUGUGGCAUGUUUGUGAAAGACUGAUCUGUCGCUUCUCCUUACAAGUGUAACAACCUUGUAGUUUUCACUACUGGCUUUGUAAGCGACGGGGUCGUAAGCGGGAUCGGACUUCUUUUUCACUAGAUCAUAACGCUUUGCACUUCUAAUUACGAUUAGUGAAAACUGGAACAGCCUUAGCUUAAGAGUUCCCGAAACUAUCGGUCAACCGGAAUAAAUCUAAGAACUUGGUUCCAGUUUUGUUGCAGCGAGAAUUUAUUACUUCAAACUCCGGCAUUUUUCCUCAGAGACCCCAGGAGAAAAUAACGUUCUACACAUUUUUUUGUUUAUUUUUUAUCCUAAAGAUAUUUUACCUUCUUGACGAAGACAACAACUGGGGUUUGAAUAUGUCUGAACUAAAGAAAAAGGUGGAUGGGGCAAGGCCGCCCUGUUUACCAAAGGCUCUUGUGCUGAUAAAUCCAGGCAAUCCAACAGGUACAUUGAAUAUUUAUCUAUUUGUAAUUACCUGCAAUAAUAUUAAUGAAGAUGAUGAUGAUGAUGAUGAUGAUGAUGAUGAUGAUGAUGAUGAUGAUGAUGGCAAUGAUAAUAAAAUUUCUCUAUUUAUUCCCGACAUUAUUUUUAUUAGCACACAAUCAGGUUAGUGCGUUUGAGCUUUCUUUUCACGGGGUGUCCCUUAUAAAAGGGUGUUCGCUAUACCAAGGUGUAAGCUAUAUAGGCGUUCUUUUUGCCGGGGUGUUUUUUUUUUUCUCCUUUUUUUUGAUAAAUUCCUCCUUAUACCGGGAUGUUCAUUAUCUAGGCAGUCGUUAAACUAGGGUGUCCGUUAUAUAGAGAUUCUACGUUAAACCGAGGUGUUCGUAAUAUCAGAGUUUAACUAUAAAAUGUAAACUUGUUCUGUCCUUCGUUUAUCCAUUAACUUUAGUCACGUUUGCGUCUUGUUUAUAUAUAGGUCAGGUGUUGACGUAUGAAGACAUUCAAGAAGUAAUCAAGUUUUGUGCUCGUGAGAAGUUAGUUUUAUUCGCCGAUGAAGUCUACCAAGACAACGUGUACGCGGAGGGAGCCCAGUUUCACUCGUGCAAAAAAGUCCUCAGGAACCUGGGAGACGAGUAUAGCGGAUUUCAAUUGAUCUCUUUUCAUUCCAGUGCCAAAGGGUACACAGGCGAGUAA